ACUGGCACGUGAGCGCGCGAUGCCUUUCAACGCGUGGCUUUCAUCAGGGCGACUUGCACCCAGAGAACAUCAAGACCGCGGGCGGUAACCAAAGUUUGGCCGAAUUGAGGGCGCGUCUCAUCAUGCGAUGAAACUAUCGACUUUUCCAAGAGUUUAAGCUGACUCACGCUGCCAAAAUUGACAUCUGCAGAGUCGUUGGUGCACCUCUAGCCCAGCCUCUGACGCGAUCUUCAGUGACCAGCGCCUUAUCCCUUUCAUAGCUCAGAGAAAGCCUGCUCAUCACAAUGCCACCGGCAGUCACAUACGAUGGAGUCGAAGGUGCGGAGGGCGGUACCAUAUUCAAGGAUCGCAAGUUUUGGCUGUCACAUCGAGUACCGAUGAGAAACCGAUGGACAGAGCUUAUCACGCAAAAUGGUGGCAAGGUCGUGAUGCUGGAAAAACAUGCUGAUAUGCUCAUUGCGGACCAUCUCAGAAAAAAAGAUGCCCCCCCUGGAUCCUAUUCAUGGAAGUUUAUUGAGGACUCUGUGAAGAACGGGUAUAUCCAAAUCAAGGAUAAGUACCUAAUAGGACGCCAUCCAGACGAGCCAAGACCGGUGGGCAGCAAUCAAGCCAAAAAGUCAACACGGACAAAGUUUACUGCUGAGGACGACGCGAAACUUACUAGGUGGGCACUAAACCAUCCAGACGAACAGAAAGGAAACCAGAUAUGGUACGAGUACGAAAGGAUUAAUCCUCGACAUACUGCACAAUCUUGGCGUGAUCACUGGAUCAAAAAGCUGCAGUUCCUGGAUAGGAAAAAAUUGGAGAGUAUGGCAGCCUCUGCGCCUGCAGAAGCCGGCCCCGUUGCGAGCACCUCAGAAAACACUGCGGAAGACCACAAUACUGUUACCAGAGUCCCACGGAAGGCUGCCGUUCAAAGGGCCCCUGAACAACGCGUGAACAACCAAGUAGACGCUGGCCCUAUCCGCAGAGCACCACAACCUCAACCUACGACAGUGCCAUCACAAGGCCCGAGAGAAGCUAACAAACCUCGGCCAUCAAUAGAAGAUGGUCAAGAAGAAGAAGAAGCUCUCGCUCUUCUGAGGUACAACUGGUAUCAAGAUCUUGACGAGUAUAUCAAAGUCACCGAGAGAGACAUUAAGAGAAGUCUCAACAUCAAUGGAAAGAAGAUAGAGUUAUUUGAUCUUAUGCUAGCUGCCCGGGAUGCGCCAGUAUCACAGGACAGCCAAUUGACCGACUGGUACAGGGUCGCGGAAAACCUGGGCUUUGUUGAACCAGAUCAGCACACUGUCAACGAGUUACAUCUCUGCUAUGAAGAGAACCUCAUGGACUUCCUCGAGAUAAUGGAGAGCUUCGAAGUAAACAGCGAGGAUGCAGACCCUGACAUGGACCCCAGUCAGGACAUUGACUUCGAGGACGGUCAAGGGCGCGGUUUACUGCAAAGCCAGGUACCAUCCUCACCCCCAAUCGCCGCGUCAAGUUUGAAACGAACCGCUGGUGAGCCUCCCUUGGCCUCACCGGAGCGCUUUAAGAAAAGACGCUACAGUAAGGACAUGGAGAUACCGUCUACACCCGACGCCGAAGAAACUUCCAAGCUACAGCGUGCCCAAGAAACAUCUCCUGGUGCACUAAGAACCUCUCAGUGGCUAGGUUAUAUUGGUGAAAGCGAAGCUUCGCAACACCUUCCACCCCUUCCCCCGAUGCAAGAAGAAUCACAAGACCUCGGGACACGGCCAGCAUUAAGGCAGGAUACUCGACACCAAUCUGUGGAUAUUUCACUGCCAGAUCAUCCAGCUUUGGAUACUACACCAAUACCAUUGCAUCUGAAUAAACAUCGCCAGCAGAUGUCCUCUCGUGAGAGACAGCGAGAAUCACACGUUCAGCCCAUGAGACGACGUCAUGACAGCAGCUUUACAGAACAAAUCGCUCCCAGACGAGCUGUUUCCUCUGCGAAACCGAACCCAAAACCAAGCACCCGAACAGUUCGACGGUCUCUUCCGGCCUCCUUCGACUCUUCCCGAGCUAUUCCCAGGACAAACCAGCCUCAGAACCCAGAGAAGUCUAAUUCUCGAGAAAUUCAGAAAUGGAUAGCUCGCUAUGAAUCAAUGGGCUACCCCCGCCAAUUUGUCGUGGAAGCCCUCAAACGUACCACCCUUACACCUGGAAAAUCGGCCCUUCUAGUCAUGAAGCAUCUUAGUGAAGGACGCGAUGUGCCUUCUCACCACGAGGGUAUCUGGACAGACCGUGACGAUGCGGACUUGGACUUUGCUACAAGUGUGGACUUUCACCGUUCUCCAGCUGACGAUGGCGAAGAACUUCAACAGGAGCGCGCUCAGAAAGCUCACAACCGGCUUGUCAAUAAACAUGGCUUUCAGAGGUUUAACUUAAGAAAGGCUUUUCUCGAGGCCCAAGCAAAAGAAGGCGGUAGCCACCUGGAGGGAUAGGAUCUCUUCCAGUGGUUUGACGCACUUGAUGUGGGUAAAUAAGUCGAGAGUUGGGCAGGUGUUUACUCAUAGUGGAAGGGGCGCGGCGUACCUCUUGCUUAAGACGAAAUGAAGAUACAUUGCUUACUACCCUAUUUGAAUCUGAAACCAGGAUGCCUUCAUCAAGUGCUCUUCACUAAUACCUUGGGUGGUAUUCGACAUGCAUGAAGUAGUCAGAACAUCACGGGGGUGACUAUCAUUGACGGGAUAUCUUGAUGAAUGGUCCCCAAAUCUGCCUACAUACUCAUUACGUCUCAUUGCAUCCCUCUCACUCAUCAGGGCUUUCGCAUACUAUGUUGCGCUCCCAACGCCAGAAAAUGCAGUUUUUCAGUGACCUCUGCCCCUAUACCAAAUGCGUGAAACACCACAAACCAGCUUCCAUAAAUUCCUGCAACUUCUCGUUCGAACGUAAUGGUAAAAAUUCUUUUCCUCAUUCCCCGCGUGUUGCAUCUUGCGUUCAAUCCACAUCACAUUCUUAUGCUCCUAUCGACAUUGACGUUGUUUAAUGGCUCCUCGUCACUAGCCACACUUACUUGCCAGGUCCCCAGAGGGACGAGUAAGAGGCCAAAAUGAUAGUAAGUUUGGUGGCAGCAUAUUAUUUGCCAGUAGGCGGACUGCAAACUACUCCAUGACUGAGCCGAACUUGCUGCAAUCAGUGGGCUGCUUUAGCAUCAGUCAGCGAGAUGAUGUCCCUUUCGGCUUCAAUUUUUAGGGGGCUGGUGGUGGUUGAGGCUUUCGAAUAAGCUUGAUCUUGGGCCGCUGAGUAGGCGCUGCUGCAGGAGGGGGUGUGCUCGUGGCAGGACUUGCAGACUUAGGCUUCGGUGUAGGGUUCGAAUGAGUAUUUAGCGAGACCUUUCUCUCCGGUGCAGGAUGCGGCGAUGACGCCGGGCCUCCAGGCAACGGUCUUCGCGCCGCGUCUCCAGGAAGAGGUUUUCUGGCGGGUUUGGCCGUGAUGGAAUCUGAUCUUGAGCUCAGAGAAGGGGCAGAGCCGUCUCUUGGCGCCCCUGAGGGGAGAGAUACUCGGCCAUUACCGUUUGGUUUCUUUUCUUUCCUCAACAAAGGAGCAAGACGGUUUGGGGCAACCCUCAAGGUGAUGAUUUUGCUCUUCUUCUUCUUGGGGAUACCCGAAUCAAAUGGCUUAUCAACCUUUGCGCGUUUUGGUGCUGGGGUAUGCUGUUCAUCCUUCUCAGGUCGAGGGCGCUUGAUACUAGAAGCAGAUGAGGGUUCAGGGGGCCAAGAUGGUUUGGAUCCCGAUGAAGACGUAGCACUUGCUUGUCGAGACAGACCUGGUGAUGCAACAAUGGUAUCUCUUUCUUGCUUUGGUAGAGUGGGCUUUGGACUUUGAACAACCGGAGAGGCACUGGCGCUGGGUCGCUGAGGUGGAGGAGCGCUUGGGCGUUGGACAGAGGCUGUCUUGUGGGUGUUGAUCUUGAUAGAAGAUGUUUUCUGCAAAGGUGCAGGUCGCUUCUGCUCAAUGAUAGGGGCAGGCGGAGCAGGAGGUGGAAGAGGUGGUGCUUGUACGAUUGGCUCUCGGGGUGUCGUCCUGUAAUGAGCUUUGAAUUUCAUGAUCAACUGUCCAAGUUAGCACCAGCACAGACUUGCUUGUAAACAAUGUAGCACUUACG